CCGAGUUGCCUUUGCCGGCUUGGAGGAUUUGUGGAUUUGCCAGUUUUGUUGGGGGGUGGGGGGCUCCCUUGUUUUAUUUUUUCCUCUCCUCUUCCCGGUCGGUCUUCCAGUCUGUUUUUUUUAUUCCGUUGCUGCUUCCCCACAGGUUUCACAACUGGAGCGGUUUUCCAACUUGCUGGGUACAGUCUACCGAUGUGGAAACUUGAAGUUCACUCCAGAUGGAAACUCUCUGAUUAGUCCAGUGGGAAACAGAAUUACAGUCUUUGACUUGAAAAAUAACAAGUCUGAAACAUUACCACUGGCUGCCCAAUACAAUGUUGCAUGUAUGGGACUGUCUCCAGAUGGAAAUCUUGCUAUACUUGUUGAUGAAGAGGGAUCUGCCUUACUUGUCAGCUUGAUCAGUAAAUCUGUUAUCCAUCGAUUCCAUUUUCAGAAACCUGUCCAUAGUGUCUGUUUUUCUCCAAAUGGAAAAAAAUUUGUUAUUACUAAAGACAAAGUUGCACUGAUGUACCAUGCCCCAGGGAAAAAGAGAGAAUUUAAUGCAUUUGUUCUUGACACAACAUAUUAUGGUGCUUACGAUGAAACAACAUGCAUUGACUGGACUGAUGAUUCCAAAUGUUUUGCAGUAGGUAGCAAAGACAUGUCAACGUGGGUGUUUGGAGCAGAACGCUGGGUCAAUCUGGUUUAUUAUGCCCUAGGAGGUCAUAAAGAUGCAAUUGUUGCCUGUUUUUUUGAAGAAAACAGUUUGGAUUUAUACACUGUCAGCUGUGAUGGGGCUUUGUGUGUGUGGCAGUGUGAUACAGAACUAAAUGGUCUGAAACCUAGAACUCCCAAAAGCCAAUCCACUGACCAGGAAGAAUCAGCAAAAGACCUAGAUGAAGAGUUGAUAGAAACACAGAAAGGCAAAGAGGUUCAUGGAAAAGCCAGUGGAAAUGAAAAAGAAAACAAAAAGAAAGUGAAAUACUCAUGUGCUGCCAAAUACUUUUUUAACAAAGAAGGAGAUUUUAACACCCUGACAGCUGCAGCUUAUCACAAGAAAAUCCAUCUGUUGGUCACUGGAUUUGCUUCUGGAACUUUUCACCUUCAUGAGCUUCCAGAAUUCAAUCUCAUCCAUUCUUUAAGCAUUUCAGACCAGAGAAUUGCAUCCAUUUCCAUCAACAGUACUGGUGACUGGAUUGCCUUUGGCUGUGCAGGUCUGGGACAGCUCUUGGUGUGGGAAUGGCAAAGUGAGUCCUAUGUGCUGAAGCAGCAAGGCCAUUUCAACGGCAUGGUAUCGCUUGCAUAUUCACCAGAUGGGCAGUACUUAGUUACUGGUGGGGAUGAUGGAAAAGUGAAGGUAUGGAAUACCAGCAGUGGCUUCUGCUUUGUUACAUUUACUGAGCAUACCAGCAUCGUAUCUGCUGUAACAUUUACCAACUCAGGAUAUGUUGUUUUGAGUGCUUCUCUUGAUGGAACAGUGCGGGCGUUUGAUCUCCACAGAUACCGCAAUUUCCGAACUUUCACUUCCCCACGACCAACACAGUUCUCCUGCUUAGCUGUGGACUCCAGUGGAGAAAUUGUUUCAGCUGGUUCCCAGGACUCUUUUGAAGUAUUUGUGUGGUCUGUGCAGAGUGGACGACUUUUAGAUGUAUUAGAUGGUCAUGAAGGCCCCAUCAGUAGUCUGUGUUUUAAUCCAGUGAAGUGUGUUCUAGCAAGUGCCUCUUGGGAUAAAACAGUCAGAUUGUGGGACAUGCUGGAUAGCUGGAGGACCAAAGAAACACUGACACUAAGUUCUGAUGUGCUUGCUGUUGCCUUUCGUCCGGAUGGCAGUGAGCUUGCUGUAGCUUCCUUGGACGGGCAGAUCACUUUCUGGGAUCACGAAAAUGCAGGGCAAACUGGAUCAAUUAUGGGGCGACAUGAUCUUCAGAUGGGGAGAAAAGAGCUGGACAAAAUAACUGCCAAACAAGCUGCUAAGAGCAAAUCUUUUACUAGUCUGUGUUAUUCUGCUGAUGGCCAAUGCAUUUUGGCAGGAGGACUAUCAAAGUUUGUUUGUAUUUAUCAUGUCAAGGAACAGAUUCUCAUUAAGAAGUUUGAAAUAUCUUGCAAUCUUUCCUUAGAUGCAAUGGAGGAGUAUUUGGAUCGCAGGAAGAUGACUGAAUUUGGUAGCAUGGCAUUAAUAGAAGAAGGAAAUGGGGAUGAUGAUGGUGUUGUCAUUCCUCUUCCAGGAGUUAAGAGAGGUGAUAUGAGUUCUCGGCAUUUUAAACCAGAAAUAAGAGUGUCCUGCCUCCACUUCUCUCCUACUGGAAGAAGUUGGGCAGCAACCACUACAGAAGGUCUCCUUAUUUACUCUUUAGACUCUAGUCUCACCUUUGAUCCAUUUGACUUAGAAAUUGACAUCACCCCUAGCAAUAUUCGUAAAGUAUUACACCAAAAGGAGUACACUAAGGCUAUUGUCAUGGCCUUUCGACUAAAUGAGAAAAAAAUGAUUCAAGAGGUUCUAGAAACUGUGCCGUAUGAUGGAAUUGAUGUAGUCUGCUCAUCGCUUCCGGACUUGUACAUAGAAAAGGUCCUAGAAUUUUUAGCAUCUUGCUUUGAGAAAUCUCGUCACUUGGAAUUCUAUCUCAUGUGGACUCAGAAAUUGCUCAUGCUGCAUGGAUGCAAGUUAAAAACAAGAUCAGAAAAACUGCUGCCUACUGUUCAGUUUCUACAGAAGAGCAUUCAGAAACAUUUUGAAGACCUUUCUAAACUUUGUGAUUGGAAUUGUUAUAACAUGAAAUACAUUCUAUCUAUUUCACAACAACGGGGUAUGAAACGCACAGCAGAAGACUCUGAAAAUAAUGAUUUGAAAGAUUUGGAAGACUCCAGUGAUGAAGCUUUUAUGGAAGAAUCAGCUGUACAUUUAUAGAAGUAUGACACUUCUUUCCAUGCAUAAAUUUAAACAGUGCUAUUCACUGAGAACUUCAUAGCCCUUGAAGUGGCCUAUUUUUUAUAGGUGAUUUAAAUGUGAAACAAUCAUGUUGGAGAAAAGAGUUUGCCUUUUGUACACUUUUUUCAGUAAUUGUAUAGCUGGACGUAUGUAUGGUCACUAAAUCCCAACCAUGGCUUUUUUCUUGCCAUUAGACAUGUAUUGUAAUUCUGUUAUAGAUUACAUGAAUCAAAAGUGUUCCUACCCAUGUCCAAUGCUCACAUAGUUGGUGAUUUGCAAAUUACCUAAAUGACCUGUUACGUAAAAUCACUUCUAUAAAAUAAAAUAUAUGGCUAUGGGAAGAAGAUACAAGGACCAAAAGAAUGAAUUGAAUAGAUCCAGAUUUUUACAUUUUGCAAACAAAACUGAAGAUCAUUUAUCUUCUUAAAAUAACCACAGAUUUUCUAGAAAUCCUUUGUAGAAACUUACAGGCACAGCUUAUUCAAAAUUUCACAGUAGAAACAGUAAAUAAUUGAAAGUAUGUUGAAAAGUUUCACAGGAAGGGUUUGGACUCCAUAUGCAGUGUAAUCACUUUUGUUAAGUAUGUUAUAGUGUAUCUUAUUAGUGGUAGCAAAAAAUGCUUUGGAAUUCUGGUUCCUAAUACUGUAGUCUGAAUGGAAAUUAUGAAGAAAUUCUACUGGUUUAACAGUAGAAAUGCUUUAGACCUACAGGCUACAAUCAGUGAAGUUAUUUGUACUUGUUGCCCUGGAA